AAACGCACUGCUGGUUGGUGCCAGCUAUCGACGCCCCACCUCGUCAGGUGAAAGGAUGGACGCUGAUAUCCUGCGUGGAGCACGGCACGUUGCAGCCCUCGCAAAGCUGCGCAGCAGCGCACCGGCCAACAUCGCACCGCCCCACAGCAGCCCGCCUCAGGGCACAGAAACUCCGCGCUCCCAGCACGGCACCGCCCCCAGCACGGCACCGCCCCGCCGGCAGGGAAACCCCGCCUCUAUUUACAUAAAGCGGCGCCGGCGCGCCGUGCGCUUCCCUCCUCCCUCCCUCCCUCCACCCGCGACGGCGGCCACCACGGCGGCAGCGGCGGCAACGGCACGGAUGAGGCGCAUGUGCGCGGUGGACGGGCGCUGGGGCUGCAAUGGCUCUUUGCGGAGAGGCCGGGCGGGGCUGGCCGCCGGGGUCGGCAGGGGGGGCCGCGGCGCUGGCGGGGCAGAGGAGCUCUUGCAGGCGGGCGGCGAGAAGGGCUGGCGGGGCCAGUCGCGGGGCUCCCCGCAACAGCUGGCGGAGCGCUACGCGGACCUGGCGGCCAGCCACUGCGAGGCGCUGCGGCAGCGGGAGGAGCGCGAGUGGCACAACGCGCGGCUGCGUCUGGAGAACGCGCGGCUGCGUCUGGAGAACCGCCGCCUGCGCCGCGAGAACCGCUGCCUCUUCCGCCAGGCCCUGCUGGGACCCGGCCCACACGAGCCAGAGAAGGGCGAGUGGCCGGGCCAGGGCGGGGAGGCGGAGACCCUGAGGGUACAGCUGGAGCGGCUGCAGGAGAAACACCGCCGCGUCCUGCAGCAUCUGCGGCGCUGCCGGGAGCGCGCGGAGCUGGACGACGAGGAGCUGCAGGAGCUGUUGCGGGACGACGCGUGGCCACCAUCCGCUCUCAGACCGGACGAGCGCGACGUCACCCGAGUGGGCGUUCCCGAGGAGGAGGAGGAGGCGGCGCUGCCCUGCGUCGGGCUCGGCGGAGAUGGGGGUGGUGCCGUCCUUCCCCCCGCCCCGCGCAGCCCCGAAGGGGAGCCGCGCUGAGGGAAGCCGCUUUCCGGGCACGGAGCUCGGUGCGGGGUGUCCCUCGCUUGAACGUGUGUCUGAGCAGCGUUGCAGGAGCCGGGAAAGGGACACUUGUUGGAAGAGGCCGACGCUGUAGUCGAAGAAGGACUGACAGCCGCCGUUGUUGCGGAGAGAAUCACCCCUGUUGGUCCCGCGUCACCUCAGAACCGUGCUGUAGACAGGAUCGUGUCGGCUUAGUUGCACAUACCAGAAGAUGUCUCUGGGCAAUUCCUAGUUGACUGUUAUGUCAGCAGCACUCCUGUGAAAGCCUCUCGUCCCUGGAGCUCCAUGUUGCCUGGGCACUGAAUGGGAAACGGCACCUGUGUCUCUAAGGAUGGACUUUGUUCACCCUCACAUAAAUACUGAUUUGUAUUUCACACUUCCACGUAAAAUCACAGUUGUUAAAUAAAAAUGUGAUUCAGCAAAUGGUUAUCUCAAGUGUGAUUUGUGACUGGCAGUUAUUUUGGAAUUGUGAGGUGAAA